UCUCAUCUUAUAAGACACUUCGGACAGUGAUGCCCACGUAGAUUUCCUGUUCACUAGAACACGUUAUUAUUAUCUGCCGAAUUAAAAGAAAACGGUCACAUCCUCAGCGUAGAAGUCCAGUAAAGACGGUCUCAGCGGAGCAGACGCCCUCCUAACAGCUCUCAUACAGGACUGCAGCAGGACUUUACACAUCUGUUCAGGAUGAUCAGACCUCCACAGGACGACAUCGAGGAAAUGGAGGAAGAAGCAGCAGCUAACUAUGUUAAUGCUCCAGCACGCACUGGGAAGAAAAUGGCCGCUCGUCCAGGCCAGAGGUCUCGCUGCUUCUCUCAGUCUUUUCUACCCAUAGCAGUGUGUUGGCUGAUUCUGUUGGUCAUCAUGGGCCUCCGUAUCUACUUUUCCAAUCGCAUCAACGACAAAAUCAGCGUCUUAGAAAACCAGAUCACAAACCUGACCACAGAAAACCAGGAGCUGGAGACAUGGAGGGACAACGUGAUAGGACAAACCAAAAAACUGGAGACAACCUGGAACAAACUCAACGUCAGUCAAGCUAAGUGGACUCUUGAUUUCUACUGCCACAGAGAAAACCAAGAGAGACGGUGUAGAGCGUGUCCUCAGGGCUGGGAACUCUUCGGGUCCAGCUGCUAUCUGAUUCAUCCGUCUGACGGGAAAACCUGGGAGGACGCUCGAGAAGACUGCAGAGGACAGGGUUCAGAUUUGGUUGUUGUACACGAUGAAGAUGACCAGAAUGUCCUCACGUAUGUCAAUAGGUACAUCUACGGGUCCUGGGUCGGUCUGAGGGCUGAAGGGGGGACAUGGAAGUGGAUCGAUGGAAGUGGUCUGACUGAAAGCGACAGGAUCCAACACCAACUCCCUCGCCGUGCCCCCCCCGGUCAGUGUGCCGUUUACGUCCAGUACAGAUAUACAUCAGAGAGCUGUGGCGAGAGAAAAGGAUGGAUCUGCAAAAAGAAGGCGUCAUCUUUUUAACCCCUGCAGUCGGACUGGAGGAGGUCACUGGACGCUCUGCAGGACAAUAUCAAACACUUCUACUUCACACUUUAAACAGGUUUUCAUGAAGAAAAUGCUAAUUAAUUAUUAAAUUUUUGGUGUCUCUGGAAAAAACAGACACUCAAAUGUCUUGUAUAUGUGUUGUAUGACUUAGAUAAUGGUUAAUAUGAGUAGGCUACUAAUGCUAAAGUGUGGCCAGAAGGGGAACUAACCUGUUAAUUAUUAUAAUUAUUAUCAUUAUUAUAAUUAACCCUCCUGGUGUCCUUGGGGCAGAUUUAACCCAUUUUCACAAAGUUUCCAUAUCAGAAAUUUGGGUUUCUUUCAAACAAAUUGUCCAAAAACAUAA